AUGCCUCGUCCUAUCGUUUUGUCUGGCCCCAGUGGGACUGGUAAGUCCACUUUGCUCAAGAAAUUGUUCGCCGAGUUUCCCAACAAGUUUGGUUUCAGCGUUUCUUCAACCACUCGUUCUCCAAGAGCUGGUGAGGUUGAUGGUAAGGACUACAACUUUGUUCCAGUCGAGGAGUUCAAAAGGAUGAUUUCUGCAGACGAGUUUGUCGAAUGGGCUCAAUUUUCAGGCAAUUAUUAUGGGACCACAGUUGCUUCUGUCAAGAAAGUCGCCGACUCUGGUAGAACUUGUAUCUUGGACAUCGAUAUGCAAGGUGUUAAGUCUGUCAAGUACAAGACCGACCUAGACGCAAGAUUUCUGUUUGUAGCUCCACCUUCAGUGGCAGAUUUGGAGAAAAGACUUAGAGGUAGAGGUACUGAGACCGAAGAAUCCAUUGCCAAGAGACUUGCAGCAGCCAAGGCUGAAAUCGAGUACGCAGAAACAGGCGCCCACGACCAAAUAUUGGUCAAUGACGACCUCCAGAGAGCCUACAACGAGCUCAAGGAGUUCAUUGCCCAGGAAGAGUGA